UGGAGUCGUCCCUGGGCCGGGGAAGCAGCCAGCCGGAUGCAGUGCACCGCGCAUGUCCGCCCGCGGCGGACGGUCACGCUGCUCCGUGUGCUCCAAUCAACGGACACUUUCCGACCACAGAUUUGGAAGAUGGCGACUGCCGAACCGGAAACAAACCUAAGUCCACCCCUUCCAGGAGAGGAUGGAGCUGAAGAGGCAGGAGAGACUGGGCAGGAAAUUGUGAGCCCAGAAGCCUACAUCAAACACCACCUACAGAACAGAUGGUCGCUGUGGUUCUUCAAGAAUGACAAGAGCAAAACAUGGCAGGCGAACUUGCGACUCAUCUCUAAAUUUGACACAGUCGAAGAUUUCUGGGCUCUGUACAACCAUAUCCAGUUGUCAAGCAAUCUCAUGUCAGGCUGUGAUUACUCCCUUUUUAAGGAUGGUAUUGAGCCCAUGUGGGAGGAUGAGAGGAACAAGCGCGGAGGACGCUGGCUGAUCAUGCUCAGCAAGCAGCAGAGAAGAUUAGACCUGGACCGAUUCUGGUUAGAAACUCUCCUGUGCUUAAUUGGAGAGGCCUUUGACGACUACAGCGACGAAGUUUGUGGCGCUGUGGUCAACAUCCGGACAAAGGGAGAUAAAAUUGGUAUCUGGACAUCAGACUACGAAAACCGAGAUGCUGUAACACACAUAGGGAGAGUUUACAAGGAGCGCUUGGGGCUCCCCUUGAAGAUGACUAUUGGCUACCAAUCUCACUCUGACACAGCAACCAAAAGUGGAUCCACCACCAAGAACAGAUUUGUUGUUUGAGAAGCACCUUUUUCGACUUCUGGUCGUAUCUGUUGUUGGUGUUUACUUCGCUGCAAAGACUGCGGAAUGCAGUCCAAGACUACAUGCCAAAUGUUUCCAUAGCCUGCCCAAGCUUUAGACCACAUAAGUAAUUGAAUAUGUAUCUUCCAUAACACGAAACAAACACGUGGACAACACUUGUAAUUGGAAUAGUUUAGCAAAAAUAGCAACUGAUACGAACACUAAAUAAGAAAUUGAUUCCUAUGUAUGUCAGGUUAUUGAUGGCCAUGUAAAUGUAUCCAUUGAGUGGUAUUACUAGAGGUUGCUAUUUAGAGUCUUGAUGAAUAAGGAAAAAAAACUUCUUCUUUUUUUUAAUUGCAGUCAAUCAUUGAAUGCAAAAAUGUAUAUUUUUCUGCCAUUUUUUUACAGCAUGAGUAGUUUGCUGUAAUUCUGUAAGAAAUGAAACCCUUUAAUUUAUUCUAGCCUGCAUAUGAAUUGGUAGGAUGGUUUUAUGCUUCUUUUUUGCCCUGCAUGUAAUCAAUCUUCUUAGUCUAAAUAUUUCAUGACUGCUAAUCUUUUGUGUUAAUAUAAUUAAAAUAGGAAUUUUGCAAUUGUUUGCAAUUAAAUUAUUUUUCUUUGCAAAUUGUCAUAUAUAAUAGUAUUGCAAAUUAAGAGUUACUGACACUUUGAUUGUCUUGCAGGCAUUUAAAUAUGCUGCCAGGGUUCUCAUUAAAGGCUACAACCAGAUUAGCAUUAGCCAUUAGCUCAAGCUCCACCCACCCCAUGACCAUCAUUUUAUAAUCCUUUAAAAUGUCAGCGUAUACACAACUUGGAAAGAAAAGUUUAGUUUUGAGAACAUAGCUUCAGAUCCUGGUUCAUUUCUACGUCAGCUGCUUCAAAAAUGUCAUUUGAAUAUACAAAUUCCAUCAGAAGAUGCGGUGCUCUUCAAGCCAGCAGGCACACCGAGUACUGCUGGAGCUCUAAAUGGCUGUUGGAAGACUGUUUAGGUCCUUGUUUAAGUGACAGGGUUCUGGUAGCAACCUUUAAAAUCGACUGAACAUUAGUGUGAAUUAUGAAACAACACAACAUACCACCAAAUGUUUCAUAUCGCCUAUUUACAAUGUUCUGCAAGUCAUCAAUUUCAUGUUUACAUUUCAAUUAUUUUUACUGACAGCCCACUGACGCAUACACCAAAUGAUACAGUGGAUGUAAAAAGUAUAGAAUGCCAUGUUUUUGUGAUGUAAAAAAUGUUACCUAGAUAAAUCUGUUAAAAGCUUUUUUGCAACAAUGUGGCCUGUACAACUCAAUGUAUAAAAAACAAAAAAACAGACGGCAUUGAAACACAACUGUGAUGUAGCUGCACAGCCUCAUGUGGCUGUGUUCAGAAUUAACCGCAUUCAAAGUCAUGUUAAAUGAGAGCCAGCACACACCUGCCGCCAUUUAAAGUUCCUCUGAUUCACCUCAAACAAUGUUGGGCUAUUCUAAUGUUGGGCUAUUUUUUUGUGACAUUUUUCUCGAGAGCUUCCACAACAUUACUGGGAUCUUACUGUUCUAAUGUAUCAAUCAGGUGAAGGAUACACAAACAUUUCCAAGGAUGUCUACCAUGGUUGUAGAGUCUUUGUUACUUGGGGUAGUUUUGCCUUGUAGUCUAAUUAUUUCCUUUUCAUUUUAACAUCUCAAAUAUCAAUAAAGGUCUCAAUACUA